CUGUAGACUGCUUGUUAUCCGGCCUGCUAAGCCACGGAAAGGCAAGAAUGAGGGCACAAGCUCAUGGAAGUAUACAACAUAUGUUUUUUUUACUCCGAAUUACAACCCUUCUUGAAAAUUAAUGUUCAACUAGCAUACUCUGACCUAUGAUAUAACAGGCUGCAUACGGAACCGUUGAGGUGUGGGUGGGGAAAGGCGAGGAGCAGCAAGACAACUGAAAGAAAGGCUAAUGCAUAUUGAUCCCCUUCACUUUCACAGGGAAAGUGAAGUGUAUGACGCUUAAUUCUUGCAGAGAGAGAGAGACCAAGCGAGACAGAAGAAAUGCUUCAUAGGUUCUGCUCCCAGAAGGGGCAUGUUGUGUCCCUGUUGCUUUUCCUAUGUUUGAAUUUUACCUCUGGAGGGAAGCUCCUCGUGGCAUGUAUGGAUGGAAGUCCCUGGCUGAGUGCGCAGCCCAUCCUGAAUAAGCUCAAGCAAAAUGGCCAUGAGAUAGUCGUUGUUGCCCCUGAAGCAAAUAUGCACAUGAAACCAUCAAAUGAUGUUUACACCAUGACAACUUAUCCAGUGCCUUUCACAAAAGAAGAAUUCGACCAACACUUUCGAGGCAAUGCAAAUGAGAUGUUGGAUGAGCUCCCUUUUAUAGUUAGGUUUGUUACAACCUACAACGGGAUGAAAAAAGUAAAUGCUAUGAUGUUUUCCACUUGCAUGAGCUUAUUAUACAAUCAAGAACUGAUGGAGCACCUUGAGCAGAGCAAAUUUGAUGCAGUUCUUACCGAUCCUUUGCUUCCAUGUGGCCCAAUAGUUGCUGAGCAUCUUGGUGUCCCUUCGGUAUUUUUCUUGCGAGGGAUUCUCUGUGGUUUAGACUCUGAGGCUCUUCUGUGCCCUAGUCCUCUUUCAUACGUUCCAAGAGCAUUUACAACAAAUAUGGACCAUAUGACGUUUGUCCAACGUGUGAAGAACCUGCUGUUCCUCCUAUCAGAAUCCUUCCUAUGUGGUUUUCUUUACUCUCCUUAUUCAAAUCUUGCUGCAGAGUUUCUUCAAAAAGACAUGACUCUCACUGAACUUUUGAGUCAUGGAUCAGUUUGGCUAAUGAGAAUGGACUUCGUAUUUGAAUAUCCCAGACCGAUCAUGCCUAAUAUGAUUUUUGUUGGAGGGAUCAACUGUGCUGGGAAUAAAUCCUUAACCCAGGAAUUUGAAGACAUAGUCAAUGCAUCUGGUGAACAUGGCAUUGUGGUGUUUUCUCUGGGCUCCAUGGUCUCUGAGAUUCCAGUGAAAAAAGCCAUGGAAAUUGCGGAGGCAUUGGGAACGAUACCCCAGACGGUGCUGUGGAGGUACACUGGAGAAGUGCCUCCCAACCUUGCGAAGAACACCAAACUCGUCAAGUGGUUGCCGCAGAACGAUCUACUUGCUCAUCCGAAAGCCAAAGCGUUUAUCACCCAUGCAGGCUCCCAUGGGAUUUAUGAAGGAAUCUGCAACGCAGUUCCAAUGGUGCUGAUGCCCCUUUUUGGAGAUCAGAUGGACAAUGCCAAGCGGAUGGAAUCUCGGGGAGCAGGAGUGACCCUCAACGUACUUGAGAUGACUUCCAAGGACCUCUCGGAUGCACUGAAGGCUGUUAUUUAUGAUAAAACGUACAAGGAGAAUAUCAUGCGCCUUUCAGCCCUCCACCUGGACAGACCCAUCCACCCUCUUGACCUUGCCGUGCACUGGGUGGAAUUUGUGAUGAAGCAUAAGGGUGCUCCCCAUUUGCGACCAGCGGCCCAUGACCUCAACUGGAUCCAGUACCAUUCCAUUGAUGUUGUUGCCUUCCUCUUGGCUGUCGUCCUCGUCGUCCUCUUCAUCUCACUAAAGUGCUGUCUUUUCUGUGUUAGGAAGUGUUUCUGCAAAAAAGGAAGAUUGAGCAAGAAAACCAAAUCAAAAUCCCAGUAAAUCCCAGUUAGGAAGAGAGGAAGGGAAUAGGUGUUGUUCUUGUUGAUUCUAAGGCACUGCGCAUCAAUCUCAGAAUUCCUGGGGAAUUCAGUAUUAAAAAAACACACCAGGUGAAUUACAUGGGUCAUUCCCUCCACUUACAUACGCAUGCAAGCAUUUUUGACCAAUGAAUUAACGAAUAUAACCAACUUAAAUCCCCAAAGCAUCUGUAAAUUUCAAGGCAGACUCCAGAGUCUUGCAGUUCAUAGCUAUAAAAGGGAAAUCAGUGGUCUACAUGACUUAUUAAACGUAUUUCAGUGCAACUUCAACAUAUAAAUGCUUCAAAGAUGCAUCUCCCCAUUGAAAUGGUGGUUUAGCAUGUGUGGUUCUUCUAAACAUUAAUUUUAUAAAUUGUGUGAAACUGAAAAGACUGUGAAAGAUAAUUAAUAUAAUUUAAUGUUGUGGUUAUGGUUUACAGGUCACAAAUAUUAAUGGAGUUAGAACAGGUCUUUGGCCCCUUCCGCACACGCAAAAUAAUGCGUUUUCAAACCACUUUCACAACUGUUUGCAAGUGGAUUUUGCCAUUCCGCACAGCUUCAAGGAGCACUGAAAGCAGUUUGAAAGUGCAUUAUUCUGCAUGUGCGGAAUGAGCCUUUGUUUCCCCAUUGGCAUGGCUGUGAUGGAUUUGUAUUCUCUCCUGCAAUGAGAAGAGUACUGUGAUUUUUUUAAAACCAGGCUGUCGUUUGUUCUGUAAUAGGACUCUCAUUUCUACAUGCCUGUUUAUCAAAAGCAGUCUGUGAUGAUGGCAUGAAAACUGAUCAUACUAUUUAAGCAUUGCUUUCAUUUGUUCAGAGCUCUUGACAUCUUGUUCGCCUUGCAGACUGACCUCUAAGGCUGACCUCUAAAUUCACGUCAGAGAUAAGAUUUGAACCAGGGACUUCUAUGUCUCAGUUGCUCAGCUUCUGUGCCCCUUCAUCUGCCUUGCAGAUAGAUAUUAGUGGUAUGCAGAGGCGUUAUCUAAGGAAAAUGUAGCCCAGUGCAAAAUAUGAGCCCCCCACCCCCCCUGCCCGGUAUGGGCAGCCACCCUCCCCCACAAUGACCAAACAACUUUUUGUUUCUGGCAGUGAGGGGUGUGGGGGCAAUUUUCCACCCCCAUGUUACUAAAUGGCCACAACACAGGGACAUUUGACCCCAUAUGUUCCCCUGGGCAGUACAUCCCUGGUGGUAUGAACACCACAAUCGGGUAAGCCACAACUUCUGACUAUUUUGGCAGCAUCUUGGCUACCCACAAUAAUUCCUCAAACUGUAUUUGCCAUGCUAUCAAUCCAAAAAAAAAAUUGUAGUGCAAAAAUUGUGUCAAUAGCACUGUUCAACUUCUGUAUAACCCCGAAUGGACCCAUGCAGUAAACUCCACUAGUUUUUGCAACAGAUUGUCAGCAAAUGAAUCUCAUAUGAUAAAAAGUUGUCCUUAUUUCCUUAAAUGGAAGAAGAUGGGCCAGAUGAUUUGUAUCCGUUGCUGGAAUCGUGGGCUGGAAACACCUUUGGCCUAUGAUCAACAAAAAUAAUUCAUCACACAUGAAACAUCUCUUAAGAAUGUAUAGCCAUACUAUGAAUGUUCGUAUAAUUAAUAAAUGCAUACCAAACCUCCUGAA